AUCUCACAUUUCUCUCUCUCUCUCUCACUCACCACAAUUCAAGCUGAGCAGCAGAAGCUGUUUCUCUCCGAUCUGCUCGAAAUCCAAUUCUCCAUUAAUUCCGUCUUCUCCAAUUCAAUCAUCUCCGCAGUUCGAUUGGCUUUUUGGUUGUGUCAAUUGGCGCUGUUGUUCUUUAUCAUUAUUCGGUAUUUGUUGAGCUGCAGAAGAUGGAGAGGGAUUUCUUCGGCUUGGCGGUGAAGCAGGAGGCGCCUGAAGAGCCUAUUGACGCUGCUCCAUUGAGAAGUUCAGCAAUGCAUUGGCCAUUUUCGAGCAAGGGUUCAUCAGUUCCUCAGCUCUUAUCCUUCGAUGGUGCUGGCACUCAAGAUACUAGUUUUGAUUCAUCAACUGGAUUGGUGAGCUUAGCAUCAGCUGAAACAUUCGACUCUGAUCACAGGCCGUAUACAUUUACUCAGAAAAGUGUUGGUUUUGAGAAGCAAGGUGGAGUUCCUUUUGCUGCGACAACUUAUCCUUCGAAGCCUAAUCAUUGUGUUGUCACUGGUCAAACGAAUCUGGCAAUCUCGCCGGUUGUCGGGGUUCCACUGUCGAAUCCUGUCAUAGCUAUGGGAAGCAGCCCAGUGGUGGGAACUACUGACUUAAGAAAUGCUUCCAAAACUGCCGGUGGUUCUUCUCAGCUAACCAUAUUCUACAAUGGCACGGUGUGUGUCUACGACAGCAUUUCACCCGAGAAGGCUCAGGCUAUAAUGCUGUUGGCCGGAAAUGGACCAACUAUCACAUCUCCAGCAGCUCCCGUCCAAGCACCAUUUCCAUGGUCAUCGAUUUCUGAUGCAUUUGUGAGCCAGCCUUACAGCACUUCACCGCAUCAUUUAAGCCCUGUCCUGGUUUCUUCCCCCAGUGUCUCUCAAUUUGCUACCUGGUCUGGAGCCAACAAUGAUAAGGUUGUCUCGUCUUCAAAAGCUUCUGAGCCUGCCCCUAUGGUCGGACACACCACUUUCAUCUCUUCGGGUACCGUACCACAGUCGCGUAGAAGAUCCCUUGCCCGAUUUUUGGAGAAGCGCAAGGAGAGGGUAACGGGUGUAUUGCCGUAUGCUGAAGAGAAAUCUGCGGAUUGCAAUACAGCGGCAGGAGGCUCGUCGGGGCCUCGUCCGGUCGUGCCGGCAGUCAUCUAAUCUCCAUGAAUAGGAAUUUUCACAAGCUCAUAUAUAAGGUAAUCUCCAUGAGUAGGAAAUUUCAUGAGAUCAUAUAUAUAUAUAUAAAAGGUGCUUGCAAUGACACAAAUUGAUAAUUUGUUGAAAAUUAGGGCAUUUAUCAAAAUUAUGAAAUGUGUACAUUGCUAUUAUUAAUUAAAUUUAAUUUUUGAUUGUUGCU